GUCUCUGCCGACGGCCCAGGCGCAACAGGCGGCUCGUUCAGGCGCGCCAUAGGCGCAGCGUAGGUAUGCAAAGGUAAAUAUAGUGUGUCGAAGAACGCUUGUUCGUGGUGUGGAGAAUUGGGUCAUUUGUGGUUCGUCGCUGCCGCUAUUCGCUCUGUUGCGCUUGGGAAAGUUGUGUUGCCGUGUAAACAAAUACCCCGAGUCUGUGCAUCGCGCUAGGAGCCCGAACAUGUGACUUGGUGGGUCCCGAGGUCGCGUAGUGCGCCAUCGCUGCCAUCGUCAACAGCAUCUCGUCGCAAAAUAAGUUUUCUAGUUCUACGUCUAUCCGACAUGUCCUACUCCGGUCGUCCGCUCCCGGCCCAUCUGCGCAACCCUUCGUCUUCCCUCGGCGGCUCGCAACCCUCCGGCCAGUCCCCAGUCCUCGUCGCCCGCAUUGCUGAGAAGAAAGCCGAGCUCGCGAGCCUUAAAGAACUGCAAGCUCUCAGCGCAGGACUCGCAGACCAGAUGCAAAUGCUGGCUGACAAGUUGAGUACACUGUCUGACGGAACAGAAGCGGUUGCAGCAGUUCUGUCGAAUUGGCACAAUGUGCUUCGCGCCAUCAAUAUGGCGUCCGCUAAAUUGCCCAAGCCGAAAGAAGAAGAAGAUGCAGAGAAGAAACCUGAGAACGAACCGCCGCUUCCCCAAACUCUUGUCCGUAUUCCCACCCAGCAUGUCCCCGCGUUGAUACCCCAAUCGACAUCGGGAAGCGUGGCAGAGUGAGGGGUGCAUUGCAGCUCUGAAAACACGCGAAUGAAGUAUUCCUUUUCGGGGAAGCCUGGAGCGAUAAGACUACGAAAGGCAUUGGUUCAAUGUACCUCUGGUCCGAUUCGAGCACGCGAUGGCCGUGCUCAUGCAGACCUGCAUCGGGAACGGUCCAGAUGCCGCGGUGAUAUGCGUUUGCGCCAAAUUAUCCCCAGCGAUAGGAUUCUGCAGGAGGAAAAUUUUACACAGGCUACGUAUCAGGAUCACCCUGGGAAAUGUCACAUGCAAGCGCAGGAAAAGAAGGUUUAGACGAGUGCAGCAGUGAUAGCUGGUUCUG